CGAUGAACAAGUUUCGUGGCUCGACAUUUUUGACCCAGUAGCAAGACUGUGUGUUGUGUGUCGUUGUCUGUUAUAUUUUUUUAUUGUACGUUAUUUAUUGAAAUUUUAUAAGAUGAGAGAAGAAUCAAUAGCCGAAACAACUAGGGCCAUCAUUGGUAACUUUGAAGACAUUGUUCACAUAACAUAGUUCUCUGGCGUCAUAACAUUGUCGAUGACUUGUGAAUCGGGAGCUAAGAAAUAUAAAGACAUCUUCUUUGUAAAAAACUAUCGAAAACGUUAAAAAUAAAUACUUUCAAUCGAGUCAAAUAAUGAAUAGCCAAUUGAUUUGUAGAGAAUCAACGAAUGAAUUAAUCCGUCAAAUAAUAAAAGAACAUGAGCCCAACGUUGAAAUUCUUCAAACGAAUGAAGAACCUGGAACUAGAAGGGGUGACAAUUACACAUCACUGCUGUAUCGUCUACGUUUGAAUGGACGAAAACGUUUGAAGUCUGGUGAUUGUGUUCCCUGGGAGACUGCUGUCAUCUACAAGGUCCUGCCUGAAUCCCAGGCAGAUCGAGAGUAUUACAAGAGUGAGCUGCUGUUCAGAAAUGAAGUUGCUUUUUACAAUCACGUGUGGCCGGCAUUCGAAGAGCUACAGAAGGAUGGCAGAGGAGUUUUUGGUGGAGUGGCCAAGGUUUUCAUUGCCCAAUCGAAUCUCAUUGUUAUGGAGGACUUGAAGAGAAAAGGAUAUGUGAUGGCUGACAGGAGAACGGGACUGGAGAUAGACAGAUUGAAGCUCGUGCUUAAGGCUUUGGCAGGAUUCCAUGCACUGAGCUUGACUCUUCGUGAUUCAAGACCCGAAAUAUUUGAACGCCUCGGCAACGAAUCCAAUCCAGAGGGUAUUCGAGAGGGCUUCUUCAGAGUUGAAAACGAGGAAUGGUAUCGUCAGUACUACCGCGUUGCCUUUAAAAACGCCAUUACAAUGGUCUCCGAAUCACUACCACCCGAGGAUGAAUGCAGACGAGAUGAUAUCAUGGGCAAACUCAAAGCCUUCCUCCAAGAGGAUGUUUUCUUUCGUAGAAUGUGCGAGCAAGCCGCUACUCGUGGCCCACUCACGGUAUUUUGUCAUGGAGACUGCUGGACCAACAAUUUUCUGUUCCACGAUCAACUGGCCAGUAAUGCCGAACCGGUCUAUCUCGUGGAUUUUCAAUUAAUGCGCGUUGGGUCUCUGGCAUUGGAUUUAGUGAACCUGCUCUACCUCUGCACUUCUGCUGAAAUUCGACAGACUCAAAUGACUUCUCUUCUGCGUCAUUAUCAUUCAAACCUGAUGUCAGCACUCGAUAUUUUGAAUACUGGCAACACUAGAAAAGAUUCUUCAGUAAUGUGGAAUUUGCUAAAUGACGAAAUGCGACGAUACGCACGUUUCGGUUUAGGUUUGGCAAUUGACAUGAUUCCAAUAACUACAUGCGACAGUAAUCAGGCGCCCGAUUUAUACAAAGGGGAGCGCGACGAUAAUGAGGAGGGUCACGGUGUUCGCGCACCGCCACCCGGAGGUACCCAAUGUGCCCGGCUCAUGACUGACCUCGUUUUGGAAUUCUUUCACGAAUCUGCCCUUUAGCUCUUCCAGUUGAACUGAUUGAUUUUAAAAAUGUAGUAUUAAAUGCAUCUCGAGGGUCGUCCUCACGAGCGUGAUGUCACCAAAAUUCUAUACUAUUAUUUAGUCUCUAUUCAAAUAACAACGAAGAUCCCUUAGAGGAAUUCAGGGAAAGUGUGCAGUUUAGAUGAAGACGAUAUCUUGCACGAUUUUUUGUUCAAAUUGGCGAUGGAUCCCCGCGUUUUCUUUCCUUUCCUCCUUUAAUUUUCUAUCAUUUAUUUCUAUUUACCAUAUGCCACAUAUAAUUAAAAUUUUGCAUGAGAAUUUUUGAGAAUUGAAUAUGAUAUUUUUUUGUAGGAAAUAAUUGAACUUCAACGAGUUGAACAUACAAAAAUACGUAUAAAAUAUUUAUGAUCAAA